GGUCGGGUUCUGGCACUUUGCGCACAAACUCGUAUGUGCGAGGAAACUGGCGGAAUGAGGCGGAGAGCACGUUCUCUCUGCUGGCCAAGUCCUGCCAUGACAUCGAUCUGAUCUCCUACUGGAUGGGCAAACAAAGGUGUGUGAAGGUGUCAUCGUUCGGUGCGCUGUCUCACUUCAUUGUACCAAGGAGAACAAGCCCAGUGGUGCCAGCAGUCGGUGUCUGGACUGUGCGGUGCAGGAGGCGUGUCCAUACUCGGUGCAGAAGAUUUAUCUCAACAAGGGUCACUUCGGCUGGCCCAUAGCGGUGGUGUGCAGCAAUGGCGUCUAUGACAUCGAGUCGCUGACCGAACAUUUGAGGACUGGCCCUUAUGGAAGGUGUGUCUAUGACUGCGACAACGAUGUCUGCACUAAUCAGGUCGUCAACAUGGAGUUUGAAGGUGGG